CGUCACUUCCGUUUCACUUCCGAGCCCUCGCUCUCUCUCGCGCACAGAGACGCAGACAAAAAGCUCCCCCAGGUAGCCUCUAGAAAGCUGGAGGGGCAAGUGCAGUGUGAGUAGCGAGCAGCAGCAGCAGCGCCUAUAACACACACAGACAAAGCUCCCCCAGGUAGCCUCUAGAAAGCUGGAGGGGCAAGUGCAGUGUGAGUAGCGAGCAGCAGCAGCGCCUAUAACACACACAGACACAGCUCCCCCAGGUAGCCUCUAGCAGGGCUGUAGGGGAAAGUGCAGUGUUAGUGGCGAGCAGCAGCAGCGCCUACUAAGGCGGCAGGCACUGGCACACGCAGCGCCCGGCCGCCUUUAUCUCCCUAAGCGGCGAUUUGAGGCCGAGUCGACCUAGGGGAGAGUCGAGGUCCGGUUCAGAUAAUCGCUGUGCCGUCACUGUUGGUGGCCCUGAGCUCGGCGCGCUAACCGCUGCGCCACCGCUCCCACGCAAGGCAAAGACGACCGCCGCCGCCACCACCACCCCCCCCGUGUAGCAUCUGAGGCUGUAGGGGCAGAGGGCUGCGAGCGAGUUUUCUCUCCUGAGCCUGGUUCCACUCACCCACUUAUUCAUUCACCCGCUCAUUCACCGACCCGCUCGCUCGCUCGCUCACCCACCCACUCGCUCACCCACCCACCCACUCACUCACCCACUCACUUACCUACUCAUUCACCCACUGACUCACCCACUCACUCACCCACUCACUCACCCACUCACCCACUCAUUCACCCACUCACUCACCCACUCAUUCACCCACUCACUCACCCACUCAUUCACCCACUCACUCACCCACUCAUUCACCCACUCACUCACCCACCCAAUCACCCACUCACCCGCUCACUCACCGACUCACUCGCUCACCCAGUCAACCACUCACUCGCUCACCAACUGGUGAGCGAUGGUGCUGAGCGCUCCUUCCAUGUGGUGAGCGAUGCUGCUGCUGCGUUCGCUGACGACCUCCUCGCUGGCGAGGCCCUCGACAUUCCUGCUCGAGAUGCCCAGAGCCAAGCGCACGAACCCCCACGGAGCGAUGCCCCCUGCUGAGGCUGCGGCCGCUGCGGCCUCCCAGGGCCCCUCAGGCCCCGUGUCUCUGAACGCGGACGGCAGCGUCAGCAUCAGGGUCCACGCGAAGCCCGGGGCGAAGCAGAGCGCCGUGACGGGCGUGGAGGAGGAGCCGGGGGGCUCCGUCUCCGUCUCUGUCUCGGCGCCCCCCGUAGACGGCGCCGCCAACGUGGAGCUCCUCCGCUUCCUCGCCGCCGCCCUCGGCGUGCGCAAGGGCGACCUCGCCCUCGAUAAGGGUGCCCACUCCAGGGAGAAGGUGGUGCGCCUGGCCGCUGGGCGUCUCGCGCCAGACGCGGUGCACCAGCGUCUGCAAAUCGCCCUCGGGAAAACGUGACGGAGCGAGGUCUGGGGCAGGAGAAGAGCCGGAUAGCUAGAUUUGAAGCUUUUGUGACUGCAGGAAUCCAUACUCUUUGGUUCUUUCGGUAAAGUCACGUAGGUAGAAAUAAAAUUAAAGAUAACAAAUCACGACGUUUCGAUUGCAACACAAGCAAUCUUCAUCAGGUGUGACAACCACAGAAAGCUCUUCGUGUCACAGACGAAAUCCCAGGUAGGGGGGGGGCCAGAGAGGAGAGGGGUGGUGGGGCAGUCAGCGUUACAGAUGUGUCAGGACGCUGACACGGCCGCUGUGUGUAAGGCCCAGGCAGUGCCGGAUGAUACCAGUAAGCUAAAGUAUCUACAAAUGCUAUGGGCCCUGCGCUUUCAAGGGCCCCGCGCUAAAUGCUUUCAAGCUAUCAAUUCCGGUUCAGUGAUUCCUGCAUUUGCACUAUUACUAGAGUACUACACCACGGCUGCUGCUGCUGACUGUUGCUGGGGCUGCUGCUGCUGCGAAUUCUUCUUCUGGGGCUGUGGCUGUGGAUGCUUCCACUGCUGCUGCUUCUGCUGUGGCUGCGGCUGCUGCUACUGCGGCUGCUGGUGGGGCUAUUUUCGCUGCUGCUGCUGACUGCUGCUGACUGCUGCUGCUGACUGCUGCUGUUGCUGUGGCUGCUGCUGCUGUGGCUGGGGCUACUUGCGCUGCUGCUGCUGCGGAUGCUGGGGCUGCUGCGACUGCAAGAAAUGUGCCUCCUCCGGGCUCUAGAGACCACCUGCAGAAGAUUCGAGACGCGCGUUGACAACGAUGGCGAACAAGUGGGAGAGACUCUUUGACUUCUUGAAGCUAUCAACAUUACAUCCGUUAUCACAUUCACAA